GCCAACUUCUGCUGCUCCAACAAGCUGUUUGGGGCGCAAGGCUCUAUCGUCCACUUCAUCUUCGUUCCAUUUGUACCCCGACACUCUCUCCGCGCAGCCGCCGGCCUAGGGUACGAUAACCGACCAUGCAGCCAACUCAGUACAUCCUCGUUUCGCUGCCCCUUCGAAUCUUCGACGAUGACCCUUUGACAGCGCUGGCCGCUACAAUUGGGCGAGAUAACGGUGAAACGCUGCCGUUUUCUAUACCGCCGUUCAAGAUCGGCACCCUCGACGCUCUAGUACAGCAUGCAGAUGACCUUGCAAAGCUCAAUGCCGCAUGCGAAGCCGCAGCUGCGAAAGUUGCAGAUUCUCUGAGAGGAAUUCUGGAUGGAGACGAAGAGAAGGCGGCGCAGCAGAAGACGGUCAACGACAAGCCCACGGAUCAGUAUUUGCGCACUUUCCAAUGGAACAAAGUGCGGUACCGAGCCGAUCGGCCGUUGGGGGAGCUGAUUGAAAAUCUCCAAAAGGAGCUGCAAAACAUCGACAACGAUGUCAAAGCCAAGUUCAACCAAUACAACGGGGUUAAAACCGCGCUGGCGACGCUACAGAGGAAGCAGACCGGAAACCUCUCAACCAAGUCAUUGACCCCGGUCGUCGAUCCGAGCUUGCUCGUGCAAGAUUCGGAGUAUCUGGAAACGCAUCUCAUCGCAGUGCCGACCAACGCGCGCAAGGACUUCAUCCGAAGCUACGAGACACUGGCUCCUAUGGUUGUCCCGCGGUCGUCUGUCCAGGUGGCCCAGGAUGACGAGUUCACGCUGUUCGCCGUGACAACCUUCAAGAAGACAAGUGCCGAGUUCCUCCAAAAAUGCCGGGAGCAGAAGUGGACUCCCCGGCAGUACAAGUACGUAGAGGGCGGCAAAGAGGAGGAGCAACGCGAGCUCGACCGUGUGGCCAGGGAGGAGAAGAAGGUUUGGGGAGAAGCUCUGAGGCUCGGCCGCACAGGCUGGAGCGAGACCGUCAUGAUCUGGGCCCAUGUCAUGGCGCUGAGGGUGUUCGUUGAGACGGUCCUGAGAUACGGCUUGCCGCUGGAGUUCGUUUGCGCGCUUGUCAAGACGACUCCAAAACAAGCGAAGAAGGUCAAGGCUGUCUUGGAUUCGGCAUACUCCUACCUCGGUGGGAAUGCUUUCGGGAGGGACAAACGAGGUCGGGUCACAAAGGAUGACGCGUCGCUGACGUCGGAGAUGGCCGCCGCGGGCUUAGGCGCCGCCGAAGGCAGCGAGUAUACGGCAUACGUGUACUACGAACUCGGCCUUCCUUAGAACCCUUAGAGAUUAGGACGGCGGGAGCCGGAGCAUGCAGCGGUAUUCAAGAGCGGGCAGUGUGGGCUCUGGACAGCGAAACG